AGUAGGAUUAAGGACAACAAUGGCGACUCCCAAGCUCUUCCACUUCUUCUUGGUAAUUCUCAGUCUCCUUGUCUCUGCAGCAGCAAAGAAGACUUCUCUUGAACCGCACCAAGUAGAAGAAGAUACUACUAUCUCACGCUUCCGGCAAUACCUCCGAUUCAACACGGCCCAUCCAAACCCCAACUACGCUGCUCCAGUCUCCUUCCUCACUUCCGUAGCGCUCUCCAUUGGGCUUCAAGUCAAAACCUUCGAAUUCGUCCCAGGAAAGCCUGUUCUUCUCCUCACAUGGAAAGGCUCCAAUCCUUCGCUCCCUUCAGUCCUCUUCAACUCACACCUUGAUUCCGUCCCCGCCGAGGAGGACAAGUGGUCUCAUCCUCCGUUCUCUGCCUUUCACUCCCCCGAAGACGGGAAAAUCUAUGCGCGUGGUGCGCAGGACGACAAGUGUAUCGGCAUUCAGUAUUUGGAAGCCAUCCGCAACCUUAAGGCCAGUGGAUUCAAGCCCCUUCGUACGGUUCAUGUCUCAUAUGUACCUGAUGAGGAGAUUGGGGGUUUUGAUGGAUCUGCAGAGUUUGUGAAAUCGAAGGAAUUUGAGGCGUUGAAUUUAGGAUUAGUGUUGGACGAGGGUCAGGCUUCGCCGACCGAUGAAUUUAGGGUGUUCUACGCGGACCGAUCACCUUGGCAUUUGAUAAUUCGGGCAAUUGGAGCCCCGGGACAUGGGUCCAGGUUGUAUGAUAACACUGCCAUGGAGAAUUUGAUGCAAAGUGUGGAGAUUAUUACUAAGUUCAGGGAGACUCAAUUUGAUGUUGCUAAGGCUGGUCAUGCGGCUUUGUCUGAGGUUGUGUCUGUCAAUGCUGUUUAUUUGAAGUCUGGGAUUCCUUCCCCAACUGGGUUCGUGAUGAACAUGCAACCUUCCGAGGCUGAGGCAGGUUUUGAUGUUAGAUUGCCUCCUACUGUGGAUCCAAAUCUUAUGAGGGAAAAAAUUUCUAAAGAAUGGGCGCCUGCCUCCCGGAAUAUGACAUACGAGAUAAUUGAGAAAGGACCCUUAAGAGACUACAAGGGGCGCCCAUUAAUGACAGCGACUGACGAUUCAAACCCUUGGUGGAGUGUAUUUGAGCAAGCUAUAAUUGCAGCUGGAGGAAAGCUUAAGAAGCCUGAAAUUUUGGCCUCAACUACUGAUACACGGUUCAUGAGGCAAAUGGGAAUACCUGCUUUUGGUUUCUCACCAAUGACAAAUACUCCCAUUUUAUUGCAUGACCAUGACGAGUUCCUGAAAGAUACUGUAUUCUUACGUGGAAUAAAGGUAUACGAGUUUGUAAUAAGCUCUUUGAGCUCCUUUGAGGAAGCAUCUCAGCAGAAGCUGUGAGAUUGGUGAUAAAUUGUUAGGAAAUCAAGCAAAUACGACUUCAACGUGGUGGUGAGUGUCAUCAACAAAGUUUGCCUCCCCAAGAUAAUGUAUCACACACAAGAAACAGCUAUAUGUGGAUAUGGUGGUUGUUGAUACUUGAUACCCACAUCAAGUUCUGGGAAGUUUUACUCUUAAGUUUUAUCUGUUCUUCACAUGGAUAUUGCCUCUUGAUGCUCCAACAACCUUUGAAAAUCUUGAUUGCAAACUUUAAAUUAAAGCCCCAUCUCUUGCAAUA